CACAGAUUGCAAUCACUGCUAAGAAUGGAUAACUUAAUCCAUCGAGAAACAUUCUUAGCGCUGACUGCCAAAUACAUCGGAUUACAAUUGUGAGAAAAUGACGAUUCGUUUAUCAUAAACAUCCCUUACGUCAGCAGUGGGUGGAGCUAGCAUUGUAUAACUUGCGCACCUUGUAGGCUCGCUUUAUACGUAACGUGGUAUAUGCGGUGUUGGAAGGAAACGUAAGAUGGGAGGCCGUACUCGUUUUGUGGUGCUUUUUAUUACUUCCUUCUUCCUGGUGGAUGUUUCUGGGUAUUCAAAUGGAAAAGUUGAAAGUGUCUGUGAAACUAUGGUUCCCAACCAUAAGAGCACUGCACAGACAUCUGUUGCUCCAUAUCAAGUCAUUGCAAGCAAUACCACCUUUAAUCCAGGAGAUACGAUUCAAGUGACAUUGAAAAGCAAUUCAAGUGAAACCUUUAAAGGAUUUUUGCUGGAAGCUCGAGAUGCUUGGUCCUCUUUGAGAACUCCACUUGGCAAAUUCAUUACAGAUGAUUCUCAAGCUCAACCCCUUAACUGUGAUGUUGAUGGUAUUACCUACGAAGAUUCUGCUGUUAGUCAAGUAUCAUCAAGUGAAAAAUCAGAGAUCAUUGUCAACUGGACUGCACCAAAUUCGAACGACAUUGUAUUCAGAGCUACGUUUGUGAAAUCUAAGCAAACUUUCUGGACAGGCGUAUCAUCCUCAAUCAUUCAAAGGUCUUCCUCUGCCCCCACUGUGCCUCCACUGUCCACUAGCUCUCAGAAUCAAGGGGGCAACUUAACCUCGACUGCUAGUUCAAACCUGGAUGCUAUCUCCAGUGAAGGAUGUGGGACGACUAAAUUUUGCUUCAGUAAUCCUUCACAAUGCAACCCAGCCACAGAUCCAAAUUGUUACUUUAUGUCAUCCACUCCACUGGGUAACCAAGGGUUACGAUUUGAAAUGAGAGGAAAGGCAAGUGGCUACAUCUCAGUCGGUUUCUCGGAUGACAAAAUAAUGGGUGAAGAUGAUAUAUACAUUUGUAGUAUAACUAACACUGGACGAAUAGAAGUUCAACGAGCCUAUUCCACAGGAAGAACACCCCCGAGCCGUAUGUCGCUGGGUGAAGUAGAUGGUAUAAGUGUGGCAAAUAAAAAUGGAAUAAUUCAAUGCUCAUUUGUAACAAGAAACGUCAUUUCAACAGCCCAAAGAGCUGCCAAUAAUACGUACUACUUAUUUUUUGCUUAUGGAACUUCAAGUGGUGGAAGAAUAAACAAGCAUCAAGAUUCUCCAUUCAUAUCAAUGGAGAAAGUAAAUGUAGCAGUUGCACAGUCAGCCUCUGGGAACAAUGACACACCUGUCCUUAUCAAGACUCACGGUGCACUGAUGUUAAUAGCUUGGAUGACGACUGGAAGUAUUGGUAUGCUGAUUGCCCAGUAUUUUAAGUGCAUAGGAAAUACAAAAAAGAUUUUUGGCAAGGACCUUUGGUUUCAGUUGCACUGGCCUCUGAUGAUACUGACUGUUGUAUUGACAAUAAUUGGCUUUGUGCUGGCAUUCGUCCAAGUAAAAGGUUGGAGUCAUGGUGCCGGGUCUCACCCUGUGUUGGGAUGUAUAGUUAUGGGGCUAGCACUGAUUCAACCUACAGCAGCCAUCUUUCGUCCUCCACCAGAUCACAAGAGGCGGUGGAUUUUCAAAUAUUUUCAUUCAGCAGUGGCCUAUGCGAUCAGACCUAUUGCAGUGGCAACACUAUUCCUAGGUAUUUUACUAAUAAAUUCGGCACCCAGUAAGUGGCCAGUAAAGGUAUUGGGUGGUUUUGUUGGAUGGGAAUUCCUUGUCCACAUUCUGUUUAACCUGAUCUUCUGUUUUGGAAAUGGAGCAACUUGUAGUUGCAAAGACACGAAGAAAGUGGCGAAGCCCUUCUUACUCGUAUUUAUGGUGUACCUGUGUGGAAACUUGGCAUUUCUGAUAGCAGUCCUUGUGGGAAUUGGCCAAACAUAACAUUUCAUUUUGCAAUGAAGACAGUUACGGAUCCUUACUGGUCACUGGCUUGGUAUCAUGAAGACUUCAACAUGAGUCAUACCCCAACUAAACACUUGAGCCAAUUUGAAAAGUCUGAUCCUGGUUUUUACGAUUGUUUAUGGUUGCAGAAAGAUGAUUAUUAGCCUGUCAAGAUUCUACAGUGAGCUAAUGAAUCCCACCUUUUUGAAGAUCAAGAAGGCAUUUAAUUAUCACACCCAUGAAUUUGUAUAUCAGAAUGUCUUACAAAGAAUUGUAAGUAAUUAUUAUAUGCUUUUUGUUUUUAACUCUUAAUAUACUCAACAGGAUGGUGAUGAUGUCAUGGGAGGAACCGAUGUAAGCUCCUAAAGCAAACUGAAAUAGUAUGACUGUCUUAAAUUCGUAGUUGUGAAGCCUUGGCCCUAGAUGAAAGAUGUUGCUCAUUGAAGCUAAAACAAUUGUGAAGUGAUUCAGAGUACUAAUUUACAUCCAAAGCAUCUACUGUGGUUUAAUUGUUAAUUUUCCUUCACCCUUUGCCUAAUGGCUUCCUGGACUAAAUGAUUCAAUGAUUUGUAAACAUGGGUGUCUUGGCCUUGACUUUGAACACUAGAACAAAGUCCCUUCAGCUCUGCAGUUGAGCAAUAUCACUCUCUUGUUGCUCAGGGUGGAUGGAUUACAAUGUAAUUUCAAAGUGACAGUUCAUCUGCAUCAUUACUUUUGAUAUUAAUUACGGAAGCUCCACACAAUGUUGACUUUCAGAAGCAAUUAACUAGAUCGUGCAUAUUUUGGAUCAAAGAGCCUGUGAUGUAGACUACUAUGCCUGAAAUUAAGCCUUGUAUCUGAUAAUUAUCUUGCUAUUGUAUUGUACAAAAUAAACAUUUAAGAUUUUUA